CUUCCUUUUUUUCUUUCCAGGGUAGAGAAUUAAACUCAUUAAAGAAAAAAAGUUAAAAUGGCGUCAGAUACUGGAUUACAUAAUUGGGUUUCGGAUAAACUUCACGAAAGCAUGGGCAUGUCAGACAAGCAUGCAGUCGAUUAUUUGAUAAGUCUUGCCAAAAAGACAAAAGAUAUAGACAAGUAUAUUUCAACGUUGGGUGUAGUUUUAGGAGAUGAUCAUAAUUUCGACAAUGUAGCAAAGGAGAUAUGGAAUAAAAUUCCUCGAAGAGAGCAGACGGAGAACUUGAAUCGAGUAAAAGAGAGAGAAGCCAUGGCACAACAACAGAAAUUUGCUAGCUACAAAAUGCUGUCAGAUAGCGAGGAAGAGGCUGUACCAGUUAAAAAGAAAAAGAAAGAGAAGAAAAAGAAGAAUAUUAGAAAACGUAAAUCUGAAUCCAGUGAAUCUGAAACAGAAGAAGUUCCCCAAAGUAAGCAAACGAAUAAGCAUAAAGAAACAAGUUCUGAUGAAAGUACUGAAGAAAAAGACAGACAAAAGGAUUUGCAAGAAAGGGAUGAAUUUGCAAAGAGGUUGAAAAAGAGAGAUAAAGAACGAACACGGAACCUAGUGGAGAAAUCUGACAAAAAAGCUUUUGAACAAGCCAAGAAAAGGUUAAAGAUGGAAGAAGAGGACCGGAAGAGAAUCAUGCCUGAGCUGCGUGACAGAGCAAGAAAGGAGUAUGUUCGGAAAAGAAAAGUUGAAAAAGUCGAGACAUUACGUGAGGACAUUGAGGAUGAUGAACGCAUGUUUGAUGACACUGACUUGACAGAGAGGGAAAGGCUAGAAAGACAGUACAAGAAGAAGAUCUACAGACUUGCAAAAGACUACGCUGAUGUUGAAGCAGAGGUCAAAGUACAACGUUACGUCAUACCUAGUGAUAAAGAUGGAUAUGUAGAUACAUUUGAAGAUGACGCCCCGACAGAUGGAAACUUUGUUACUGAGCAACACCGUUGGGAAGAUGCAAAACUGGACUAUGCUGUCAUGAAGUUUGGUUCUAAAGAUGCUAAACGGAAACAUCAAGAGCAGGAACAGCACUAUGAUCUACUUCUUGAAGAAGAGCAGAUCGCAUUUGUUAUGGCCGACAAAAUGCCCGGCAGCCGAAAGAAGAGUGAAGAGGAAAUUGCUUUGUCAGAAAAAGAAAAGAAGAAAUUGUCUAUUGAAGAGACGAGAAAGAGUUUGCCUAUAUAUCUAUAUCGUGAUGCUUUGUUGGAAGCUAUUGAAGAACAUCAAGUAUUGAUCAUAGAAGGUGAAACAGGAUCCGGAAAGACCACCCAAGUUCCACAGUACUUAGUUGAAGCGGGUUACACAAACGAGGGUAAGAAAAUUGGAUGCACCCAGCCGCGGCGGGUGGCUGCCAUGAGUGUGGCUGCUCGCGUAGCUGAAGAAAUGUGUGUUAAACUCGGAAAUGAAGUGGGAUACAGUAUCCGAUUUGAAGAUUGCUGUUCAGAGAAAACCGUGGUGAAGUACAUGACAGAUGGGAUGUUGCUAAGAGAGUUCUUGGGUGAACCAGAUUUAGAUAGCUACAGUGUGAUGAUCAUUGACGAAGCACACGAGCGCACUUUGCACACGGAUAUUUUAUUUGGACUUGUGAAAGACAUCUCCCGUUUCCGACCGGACAUAAAAUUGUUGAUAUCCAGCGCUACGCUCGAUGCGGAAAAAUUCUCAAGCUUCUUCGAUGAUGCACCGAUUUUUCGUAUUCCUGGACGACGAUACCCCGUGGAUAUUUUCUACACCAAAGCGCCGGAAGCUGACUAUCUCGACGCAUGCGUAGUCACUGUGUUACAGAUUCAUCUCACCCAACCAGAUGGAGAUGUGUUAGUUUUCUUAAGUGGUCAGGAGGAGAUUGAGACAUGCAGUGAGUUACUUCAGGAACGAUGUCGAAAGUUGGGUUCUAAAAUAAAAGAGUUGCUUAUUCUUCCUAUUUAUGCUAACUUACCUUCAGAUAUGCAAGCGAAAAUAUUCGAACCAACCCCACCCGGGGCCAGGAAAGUUGUCAUAGCAACAAAUAUAGCUGAGACGUCGUUAACCAUAAAUGGAAUUAUAUAUGUCAUCGAUCCUGGAUUUUGUAAACAAAAGAGUUAUAACCCCCGUACUGGCAUGGAAUCACUUGUUGUAACGCCCGUUUCCAAAGCAUCAGCAAACCAAAGAGCUGGGAGGGCAGGGCGUGUUGCCGCCGGUAAAUGUUUUCGUUUGUACACAGCGUGGGCGUAUAAGAAUGAGUUGGAGGAGAACACGAUUCCAGAGAUUCAACGAACGAACCUUGGUAAUGUAGUGUUAUUGUUAAAGAGUCUGGGAAUUAAUGAUUUAAUACAUUUUGACUUCAUGGACCCUCCACCUGCGGAGACUUUAAUUUUAGCACUGGAACAGUUGUAUGCAUUAGGUGCGUUGAAUCAUAUGGGGGAGCUCACAAAACUUGGGAGAAAGAUGGCAGAACUGCCUGUCGAUCCCAUGAUGAGCAAAAUGAUUAUUGGUUCAGAGAAAUACAAAUGCGUUGAACAGAUUUUAACGAUAUCUGCUAUGCUUUCUGUAAAUGCUUCGAUAUUUUACAGACCCAAGGAUAAAAUUUUACAUGCCGACAACGCUCGCAAAAACUUUUUCAGACCAGGAGGAGAUCACUUGACGUUGUUAAAUGUUUACGACCAGUGGGCGGAGAGCGGUCACAGCACACAGUGGUGUUACGAAAACUUUAUACAGUUCCGUUCCAUGCGUCGCGCGCGUGACGUGCGCGAUCAGUUGGAAGGUCUUAUGGAACGCAUUGAAAUUGAACUUACUAGCUCUCCGCACGAAAAUAUGGGUGUUAGAAAAGCUAUAACAUCCGGGUUCUUUUACCACACGGCGAAGUUUGGUCAAGGGGGUCAAUACAGAACAGUGAAACACCAGCAAACUGUCAUGAUACAUCCGAAUAGUUCUCUUUUCGAAGAACAACCUCGCUGGGUGUUGUAUCACGAACUUGUGUUUACAAGUAAGGAGUUCAUGCGCUCCAUCAUUGAGAUUGAAAGCUCGUGGUUAUUAGAAGUAGCACCGCAUUAUUACAAAAGCAAGGAGCUGGAGGACGCACAGUCGAAGAAAAUGCCGAAAAAACAAGGAGUGUCGAAAUCAGAAGCGAGAGCAUUUUGAUGAUUUUCUUCUUCACGUUACUUUUCUACUUCUUUGUACAUAUUUUUUUAAUAAUUUGUUUUCUGGAAAUAUCAACUGCAUUUUGUGACGUAGAGAGAGAUUAAUUGCAAUGUUUUACAUCUAUUUUUUUUAAAUCCUAAAGCUUUUAACUGCUUUGUAUUGCGAAUAUUUCUUUUUCUUUCUAACUUCUCUUAUUAUAUGUAUUUAUUAUGUUUAUUAGUGUGUGUAUUUCCAGGAAGGACUCUUUCUUGUCAAGAAAGGCACGUUGGUACAAA